CUCAUUCCCCUCUUCUCUACACCAUCGACCAAGCCAAGACACCAAAACAUGAACCUCGUCCCGAGCUCCGACGGAGCAUCGUUGGCCACGGCCAUGGCGGUCUCGGGCACGUUGAUCCUCUUCGCCAUAGGCUUCCAAAAGUCCUACUCGACCACCCGCGGCAUAGUCGACCACAUCGCUGAAUUCUCGGACCCAGACAUCCCGUCUUGCACGAUCUCCGGCGCAACCAAGAAGAAGAAGAAGAUCAAGAGAGAGAAAGCAAGGCGGAGUGUCCACUUCGAAGAGGAUGUUGCAGGCCCUGAUUGUUACAAUGAGGAGUUCGAGAUUCGUCGUGACGGGAAUAAUGAAAACGAUUCUAAAAUUAAUGAUUAUCGUUCUUCGUCAAGCACAAAGUCCAAAAGCUCGUCCAAGUUCGGAGGAAUGCCAGCGAACAGAGCGGCGCUUUACGAAGCAGUUCUCAGGGAUCGCAUCCGUCACAGAGUGGCCAGUUGCUAUCGAUAAUUCGCUUUCUUUAUUUUCACGUGAAAAGAAGAGGAUGAAAAUAUCACGUUUGUAUAAUAUCUCCAUCAUCAGCCAAUUAGUAUAUUCCGAUAAAUAUUUUCUAGCUCUUUUUUUUUUUUUCCUUAUGUUCUACCUUGGUAUGAAGCAAGGAUGUGUAAGGAGCCCAUAGAGAUUGAUAUGUGGGCUCAAAUGUGUAUUUUUUUUAAUGAA